AUGGAAGAGCGAAGAACGGUUUAAGAAUAACAAAUUGAAGAGUAAAUUAAAGAUCCUGGAGAUUUCAGUGUAGAGAAACAAUAAAAGGAUGAAAGAGUAAUUAGUUAUAAUUCAAAAUCGAAAAAAAAAUAUUAGAAGAUUAUUAAGAAAAUGAAAAAACUUAAAAAGGCAGAAUUAAAAAAGAAAAAUAAAGAUAAUUAGUAAUAUGAAUUAGAAAUUGAAGGAGAAGAUUAUAGCGAGGUUAAAAGGAAUUAAGAGAAAUUGAAAAUUUUAAAAGAGAUAAUGAGUUCUGUUCCUGCAUAUUUGUUAAUGAGUCCAGCCUAAAAAAGGAAAUAUUUCAAAACUGUUAACAUCCAAUUUUAUGAGAUGUUAUAGAAAGAACUAGGGUCAUAGUGUUCUCACUCAAAAAGUGUACAUUUCGAUCUUGGCAGGAAUAAAAUCAAAACGUUUAAGUCGAGUGAUAAUGUAAUUGAAUUGUCAUAGUCAUUGAUUUGA